UCUCGCGUGAAGCUCGGGACCUACCUCGCUUGCCCUGGUUUGGCGUUGGACCCCAUAUCAGGGCUGGGCUCUGGUAUAUAACUGCUCGUCCCUCGUUUUCAGCCAGGCACCAGGCCCAUGAGCCGUUUGUUGGUCGGCGUUCCCCGUCCUGAUCAGCCUUGUAAGCACCAGCCGGGAAAAAAAGAGCAUACCACUCCGCGCCUCCAAACAAGAAAGGCCCAUCUUCUCCUCCUUGCCUUUUUUUUUUCGCGUGAGUCACAAUGGCUGUAGCCACACCCGAAGUCUCGCACGGCCGCGGCGGCGCCGGCAACAUCAACCCCGACACGACGCAGUACGUCGACGGCGAGGUAGUCCGUGCCGGCGUCGAGGGCAGCCACGGCGACGGCGCGUAUAGCACCGGGCGCGGAGGAGCGGCCAACAUCGGCGACCAGGGAAGAAAGUCGACGGUGCGCAGGGACGGGGACCUGGUGCCCGACUCGGCUACGCGCCCGAGCCAGGAUAACUCGGAUUACCACGUCGGUCGCGGGGGCGCGGGGAACGAGCGCGUCGCCGCUGUCGCUGCCGCUGCCGCUGCCGACGUCAACGGGCAUGGGGGGGAGAAGGUCGCGGAGGUGGGGGAUACGCCUGUCGGGCUGGCUGAUAAGCUGAAGGAGAAGAUUGUUCAUGUGUUUAAGAAGUAGGGGUGGGUCCCCGGGGGGUGUUUGUGAAGGGGGUUCAGGAGGGAGAGGGGCGGGCUGCCACCUUGGAUUCGCCCGUUGCUGUGGCGGUUGUGCUGUUUUUGAUGAUGCCGUCAGAUCGGUGCUG